CCUUGCUACAUCGGGGGAGUGGCCUCACUGAGAGGAAGUGAUUCAUCGAACUGGUCCGACCGCUUCCCCCAUUUGAUAAGUUAGUCCCACUGACGAAGCUGUUCACCUGUUGGGCAGCCGCAUAGAUGGUACAUGCAUGGGAGGCCUGGCACAAAGGAGCGAAUGAAGAAGACCCCAGGGUGUCGUUCCGUUUGUCAAUCUGUUGAGAGGAAGCCGGGUGGGGGAGUGGAGAAAUACACAGAGGCGUAUCUCCUUUAACCAUUCCUCGGAGAGAGAAAACCAUGGAGGAAGGGGAGAGCCAAAAGAAGGGACCCCCUCCUCCCUCAGGGGAGGAAGAAAAGGAACCCUUUGACGGAGCGGCUAACGGAUCAGAUGCAGACGAAACAAAUAAAGGGCUUCAUGUCUAUCCUAACAAAAGCACCUAUGAGGGGUUCUACCUGCAUGGGCAGAAGUCGGGCGUGGGAAAAUUGACCAAGCGGAACGGGGCGUUUUACGAAGGCAACUUCCAAAACGGGCAGAAGCACGGAGCAGGGUUCCAGCGAUACUCCAGUGGGGAUUUCUACUACGGGGAGUGGAGGCACAACAAGAAGGACGGCCGGGGCAUUUACUUUUUCGCCUCCACCGCGGAAUACUACUUCGGCGAAUGGUGCAAGGGAAGCCUCAUCAGCGGGGCCUGGGUCAUCUCCGGAGAGGCAAAAUACGUGGGGACGUUUUUUAGGAACCUGCCCAAGUUCAAGGGGGAGUUCCUGUUUGCCAACGACUCUAAAAUGAGCGUCUUUUACGAGCAGACCCUGGGCGUUUCCAGUGCGAGUGACGGGGGUGCGGAGCGCGUGGCGCUGCACUGGAGGUCGCUCUAG